AGACUGUUUUCGCGCAAGCAAAAAAUCGAUACCAACAAGGUGCAAAAAGUGCGACCGUCUUCCCGACGACGACGACAACUCUCGGGAACCGGAAAUGAGCGCCACACUGGUGAGCAUCGCCGAGGAGGACUUUUUCGGGCUCGUCAUCCGGUACGGGCUGUACGUGGGGGCCAUCUUCCAGAUGGUCUGCCUGGCGGCCUGCAUCGUGCUGCCUGAUUCGUCCGGCGGAGGCGACGGCUGCUCGAAGGGAAAUGACAGUGAGGAUUCCAGCUCGGAACACUCGUCGCCGCAGAAUACACCGCGGCGUCCGUAUCAUCGCAGCCGGAAGCAAGACAAGAAGAAGAGGCGUUGAAUCUCGAGUAGUUGAAUAAGCAGCGGAUGUUUUGCAAUAGUUUAUUGAUGUGAUAUUUUGUUUUUUUUUUUUGUCAUUACUUAAGCUGCUACAUUCCGAGUUCUUUGUGUCAGAAAUACUCAUUUUAGUUUGUUCAGCAGGACUUUCUUUUAGCGUUGAAUAAAACAACAUUUACUAAUAGAGACGCAUCGUGCUCUAAAAAAUAAGUA